AUGGAUGGCAAUCAGUUCGACAUAGGGCUGGGUCUUGAAGGAUCUCAUGUCCUGGUAACGGGAUCUAGUGGCGCGAUAGGAUCUGUAGUUGUUCGGGCUUUCCUCUCGGCUGGGGCAUGUGUUUCCGCGUUCGACAUCGUCGAACCCAAGGACCCAAUCAACCACGACCGUCUGCAUAGCCAGUUGGUCGACAUUACUGACGAGGUUGGGUUGGAGCAAGGAAUGGAGAGAGCGAGGGCAAAGUUUGGGGUAGUCUCAACCUGUAUUGCCGUGGCUGGCCUGGAUUUGUCGUACCUCCCACAUUACUCGCUCGCAGAUACACCUCUCGAGGUCUGGAAACGAACUAUGCAUGUCAACGUCGACGGGACGUUCCUGACCUGUCGAGCAUGGCUUCGCGGCAUACGCAGCCACGGCAACCCCCAGCUCAGAAACGUUUCCGCAGUGGUAUUCGGCAGUGAAGCCGGUCGCUUCGGUGUCUCAACAUGUGCACCAUAUGCCACCUCCAAGGCAGCCAUUCAAGUUGGGCUUGUGCGGUCGCUAGCACGCGAUGUAGCGACUAUCAAUCCAUGCGGCCGCAUUAAUGCCGUUGCGCCUGGACCGGUGGAUACCCCACAGUUUCGGAAAGAGUGUACCGAAGACCCGGGGAUAAUAUGGCGGGAAUCCCACGCAACAGUCGCGCUGAAGAAGGCCGUUCCGGUGGAAACCGUUGCAAGAGCAUGUUUGUUUCUUGCCAGCGAUAACUUUGCGGGUAACAUCACCGGUCAGGUCUUGCCAGUUGAUUCUGGGAAAAGCGGUAUACUACAUUGGCUCCCAGACGGACGACAGGCUUGA